AAUUUGGAUGUCUGCUUCCAACCCUGUCUAGCUCCCUCGGUCCAGCUUCGACUGGCUCGCAGUGGCAACUGGCAGGUAGGCACACGCGAAGCGAUAAGGUCGGUUAAGCCGUAACAGUCGUUGAUGUCGCCGCCGCCGUCGUCCCUCGUGGUGCUCCCGCUCCUCCUCCCCCUCCUCCUCGCCGCUGUAUCCCACGCUACGGCUAAUGCGGCCGGUGCCGGCGCCCCUCCCCCAGUGCCGACGCCGUGGCCGGAGCAGUUCCACGCGGUGGUCUUCACCAAUCUCACCGAGAGCGGCGGCCGGCUGCAGCUGAUCGACCUGUACUACGACUGGCCCAGGGGCCGCAACCUCAACCUCAUCCGGGACCAGCUCUCCAGCGACCCGCUCUACGACGUCGAGUGGACCAACGGCACCUCCUACUUCUUCGACUCCGGGUCCUGCCGCACCAUGCGUUUCCCCGUGGGGAUCCUGCCGCCUGACUGGCUCGCCGCCGGCGCCGUCUAUCUCGGCCGCGAGCACGUCGACGGCUUCGACUGCCACCUGUGGACCAAGGUCGACUUCGUCUGGUACUACGAGGAAGUCGCCACCGGCCGCCCCGUCCGCUGGAAUUUCUUCAAUGGGAUGCAGCAGCAUGUGAUGAGCUUUGAGGUGGGAGGAGUGCUGGAAGACUCCAAGUGGCAGGCGCCCCCUCGCUGCUUCAGUGGCGGCAAUGCCGACACCGCCAACGCGGCUGCGGAUGGAGUUCAUGGCGAGGAAGCCGGUAGUGUUGAUGUGAUGGACAGCAUGAUCAGGUUCGCCGUGGCUCCGGCUGCAGCAGUAGCUGCAUCAUUUGACCAGUGAGAUUUUUGUUUUCCUGAUGUUUGGCUGAUGAGAGAGUCUCUGCCAACGGUGAUCCACGCGUCCUGGUGAUUCUGCUACGCUCUGUUGAUCACAUUGUGCUUUGUAUAACCCUGGCUGAUUUGUGGUAACACCGACAGUCACUGUACAUUUCCUGGUACUGAUCCACUGAACUUAACUAUCCUGCUGUCAUGGAACAUGAGGGGCACAAAUAGACUUGCGUUUUUGGUU